AUGCUUGGGGCACUCGUAGACGCCAUUGCGUUUGGCGCGUCGUUCUUGGACGUGCUGCCGACGACCGGCCACCUUCUCGCGGAGACGAUCUCGGCGCGCUACGAGGAGUUCACGCCGCCGUCGGCGCCACCGGCGUGGCCUGCCACGUUCCAAGCCAACUUUACCGAGGCGCGUUCGGUCUUUAGCGGCUUUCCCACGGCACCGUCCACUGGCGCAUGGUACUAUCGCUACGAGGCCAACGGCCCACAUCAGUGGCGGGCCGACCACAACGCGGUACAAGAAGCAACCUCGUCCAGAGCGUAG